AUGGAGGCAGCGCUGGGCUGUCGCGUCCGUCCGCGCGACGCGGUCGGGUCUGCGGCGCCACUGGCGGCGCGUCGUUGUCCCUCGGGCCGGUCUGCUCGCGCCGCGUCCAGUCCAGAUUCCCUUGCGCCGCGUCCCCUCCUCCUCCGCGCGGCGCUGCAUCCGCUGCAGCCGCGUCGCCACCAACUCGGCGCGAGCAGAUUGCGCCUGCCGCAGCUCGGCUUGCGCCCGCCCGUGUCCGCCCGCCGCCCCCAUCGCCCGCCGUCCCGCGUCGCCAGGGCGGCGCUCGUGGCGGAGUCGGCGUCCAGCGAAAGCAGAGAUAAUGUGACUGUAACGGGCGAUGCAGAGGCGCAGCUGAGAGCGGCGUCAGCGGCGGAGGGGAGGGCGGAGGAGGGCGGGACGGUGGAGUGGAGCCGCGCGUGGUACGCCGUGGGCGUGACGGCUGACAUGGACGCGACUCGCCCGCACGCCAUCACAGUCGUGGGCCGCCCGCUCGUGCUCUGGCGCGACGCCGCGGGGUCGUGGCGCUGCUUCCUCGACCAGUGCCCCCACCGCCUCGUGGCGCUCUCCGAGGGCCGCAUAGACGCGGAGGGGCGGCUGGCGUGUUCGUACCACGGGUGGGCGUUCGCAGGCAGCGGCGCGUGCGAGCUCAUCCCCCAGGCCGCCCCGGAGCACCCCGGCCAGCCCCCCCGCGCCGUGUGCUCCCCGCGCGCAUGUGCCACUGCCUUCCCUGUGAGGGAGUUCCACGGGAUGCUGUUCGUGUGGCCAAACGAGCACUCGGCACAGCAGGCGGAGGCGACGCCGCUGCCGCUGCCGCACGGGGUGGAGUGGGAGGAGUACGAGGUGCUGCCGCACUACACGCGGCGCCUGGCGUACGGCUACGAGGUUCUGGUGGAGAACGUGGUGGACCUCUCCCACUUCCCCUUCGCCCACCACGGCGUCGGCAUGACCACCCGCGACAAGGGCGGCCCUAUCAGCAACAUCGGCAUGACACAAUCGGGCGUGAAGGGCUUUGAGGGGCCCAUCGACGUGUUUGGCUUCCCCACCUACCUCCGCUUCCAGGCUCCCCAACUGGUCUUCUACCACAGCACCGUAAGCCCGCCGCCCCCCAAGUUCCCCUUCCUGCAGAGGAAGGCAGGGGCAAACACGAGCUUGGUGCUGCUGCUGUACAUCACGCCCAGCGCGCCGGGCAGCAGCAUCGUCGUGCAGGUGAACCUGGUCAGGCCCGGCGACGGCAAGAAGCUGCCCUCCGUGCCGCGCUGGCUGCGGCACAUCGGCCUGCACCAGAUAUACGACGGCGAUUCCUACUUCCUGCACUGCCAGGAGCGAGUGCUGCAGGAGAGGGAGCAGCAGAUGGAGGAGGCUCGGGCGAGCAAGGGCGAGGCACGGCAGGGGGGAGGUGCGGCGGAGGGUGGGCGAAGUGAAGCGGGGGGCGCAGGGGUUGUGAGGGGGAGCGCGUGGAGGGCGUUUUACAUGCCCACCAACGCUGACCUCCCUGUGGUGGCCUUCCGGCAAUGGCUCUCCAAAUAUGCAGGUGUGUCUCAUAUUCGAGUGGUUGCUCCAUGA